CAAAUUUUAUCAUUAUUACUUUAUUCAAGCAUCAGUUUAUAGCAAUGGAAAAAAUCACUCUUUACUACUUUAUUGUUGGCGACAAAGUCACCCGCGCUCGUGGUGAAAAUGUCAAAUUGUUGCUUGAAGACGCAGGUUUAGAUAAUGAGUAUGUUCGUUUGAGUAGAGAUGAAAACUGGUCGGCCAAGAAAGCCCAACUUAUUGAAGAAGGCUUUCUCUCUCCCACUCUCCCUUAUAUUGAGGUUGGAGGCAAGAAGUUUGGUAAAACUGUCCCAAUCAUGCAAUACAUCUCUGUCAAGUUGGGUAAUAAGUAUCACGGAUCAAAUGCUGAGGAAGAUCAAUACUUGGCUUAUGUUGCCGAAAUCACCAAUGAAUGGUUUGAAUGCUUGAAAAAUGCCUUCAUCGGUAAUGAUGAGAAGAAAGAAAAUCACAAGAAUAUUGUUACACCUAGAUACAUUAACUUGUUUGAACAGUCCUAUGCCAAACAUGGUGGUCCCUAUAUUCUUGGUGAAAAAAUAACUUAUCCUGACUUUUUGGUUUACCAUCUCCUUGAUGACGAUUUGGCUCUUCAUCGUUUGGACGGCUCUCCUAACCUCCAAGAAUUUGUUGGAGCUUUUGAGCAACGCCCCAAUAUUAAGAAGUACCUUGCUACCCUUCCUGAUUAUUCAUCCAAAUAAUAAAGAUAUUUUAUCCUUUUGUUAUUAAA